AUGACGGCCGCGGUCAGUGUGGACGGUCUGCCCGAGUACGAGAAGAGCCAGAUCAAGAGGGCGCUGGAGCUGGGGACGGUCAUGACCGUGUUCAGCUUCCGCAAGUCCACGCCUGAGCGCAGGACCGUCCAGGUGAUCAUGGAGACGCAGCAGGUGGCUUGGAGCAAGACGGCCGACAAGAUCGAGGGCUUCUUGGACAUCAUGGAAAUCAAGGAGAUCCGCCCCGGGAAAGGCUCCAAGGACUUUGAGCGCGCAAAAACCGUCCGUCAGAAGGAGGACUGUUGCUUCACCAUCUUCUACGGGACCCAUUUUGUUCUCAGCACCCUCAGCUUGGCAGCGGACUCCAGGGAGGAUGCGGUCAAGUGGCUCUCGGGCUUGAAGAUCCUGCAGCAGGAAGUGAAGACGGCCUCCACACCCACGAUUAUCGAGAGUUGGCUGAGGAAGCAGAUUUAUUCUGUGGAUCAAACCAGAAGAAAUAGCAUCAGCCUCCGAGAGUUGAAGACCGUCUUGCCCAUGAUCAACUUCAAAGUGAGCAGCGCCAAGUUCCUCAAGGAUAAGUUUGUGGAAAUAGGCGCACACAGAGAGGAGCUCAGCUUUGAACAAUUCCAUCUCUUCUACAAAAAGCUCAUGUUUGAGCAGCAGAAGUCGAUUCUUGAUGAAUUCAAGAAAGAUUCUUUUGUCUUCAUCUUGGGGAACACCGACCGGCCAGAUGCCUCCGCGGUCCACCUGCACGACUUCCAGAGGUUUCUGUUACAUGAACAGCAGGAGCCUUGGGCUCAGGAUCUGAACAAGGUCCGAGAGCAGAUGACGAAGUUUAUCGACGACACAAUGAGGGAGACGGCCGAGCCCUUCUUGUUUGUGGACGAGUUCCUUACAUACCUGUUCUCGCGGGAAAACAGCAUCUGGGAUGAGAAGUAUGACGUGGUGGACAUGCAGGACAUGAACAACCCCUUGUCGCACUACUGGAUCUCCUCGUCACAUAACACGUACCUCACGGGUGACCAGCUGCGGAGCGAGUCGUCCACAGAGGCGUACGUCCGCUGCCUGCGAAUGGGCUGCCGCUGCAUUGAGCUGGACUGCUGGGACGGGCCAGACGGGAAGCCCAUCAUCUACCAUGGCUGGACGCGGACCACCAAGAUCAAGUUUGACGACGUCGUGCAGGCCAUCAAAGAGCACGCCUUUGCCACCUCAAGCUUCCCGGUGAUCCUGUCCAUUGAGCAGCACUGUGGCGUGGAGCAGCAGCGCUACAUGGCCAGGGUGUUCAAGGAGGUGCUGGACGACCUGCUGCUCACCAAGCCCACGGAGGCCAGCGCGGACCAGCUGCCCUCACCCAGCCAGCUCCGCGAGAAGAUCAUCAUCAAGCAUAAGAAGCUGGGCCCCCGCGGUGACGUGGACGUCAACAUGGAGGACAAGAAGGACGAGCAUAAGCAGCAGGGCGAGCUGUACAUGUGGGAUUCCAUCGACCAGAAAUGGACGAGGCACUACUGUGCCGUCGCCGAUGCCAAGCUGUCCUUUAGUGACGACAUUGAGCAGACGCUGGAGGAGGAGCCGCCCCAGGACACACCCCCCACGGAGCUGCACUUCGGGGAGAAGUGGUUCCACAAGAAGGUGGAGAAGAGGACCAGUGCCGAGAAGCUGCUGCAGGAGUACUGCGCCGAGGUGGGGGCCAAGGAUGGCACCUUCCUGGUGCGCGAGAGCGAGACCUUCCCCAAUGACUACACGCUGUCCUUCUGGCGGUCGGGCCGCGUCCAGCACUGCCGGAUCCGCUCCACCAUGGACGGCGGGACGCUCAAGUACUACCUGACGGACAACCUCAUGUUCAGCAGCAUCUACGCCCUCUCCCUCGCCUGACUGUGCCCUCACUGCCUGUCUCAGUGGUUUACUCUUACCCUCUGCCCCAGGUGGUAUUACGACAGUCUGAGCCGUGGGGAAGCGGAGGACAUGCUGAUGAGGGUCCCCCGGGAUGGGGCCUUCCUGAUCCGGAAGCGAGAAGGUGCCGACUCCUACGCCAUCACCUUCAGGGCCAGGGGCAAGGUGAAGCACUGUCGCAUCAACCGGGACGGCCGGCACUUGGUACUGGGGACCUCGGCCUACUUCGAGAGCCUGGUGGAGCUGGUCAGCUACUACGAGAAGCACGCGCUGUACCGUAAGAUGAGGCUGCGCUACCCCGUGACCCCCGAGCUGCUGGAGCGCUACAGCAUGGAAAGAGACAUAAACUCCCUGUAUGACGUCAGCAGGAUGUAUGUGGACCCGAGUGAAAUCAGCCCGACGAUGCCCCAGAGAACCGUGAAAGCGCUGUACGACUACAAAGCCAAGCGGAGCGACGAGCUGACCUUCUGCCGGGGCGCCCUCAUCCACAACGUGUCCAAGGAGCCCGGCGGCUGGUGGAAAGGUGACUAUGGGACCCGGAUCCAGCAGUACUUCCCAUCCAACUACGUUGAGGACAUUGCAACCGCUGAUGUUGAAGAGCUGGAGAAGCAGAUUAUUGAAGACAACCCCUUGGGGUCUCUGUGCAAAGGGAUCCUGGACCUCAAUACCUACAACGUCGUGAAAGCCCCCCAAGGGAAAAACCAAAAGCCUUUCGUCUUCAUCCUGGAGCCCAAGAAGCAGGGGGACCCGCCGGUGGAGUUCGCCACCGACAGGGUGGAGGAGCUGUUCGAGUGGUUCCAGAGCAUCCGGGAGAUCACCUGGAAGAUCGACACCAAGGAGAACAACAUGAAGUACUGGGAGAAGAACCAGUCGAUCGCCAUCGAGCUCUCCGACCUGGUGGUCUACUGCAAGCCCACCAGCAAGACCAAGGACAAUUUAGAAAACCCCGACUUCCGGGAGAUCCGCUCCUUCGUGGAGACCAAGGCCGACAGCAUCGUCAGACAGAAGCCCGUCGAGCUGCUCAAGUACAAUCAGAAGGGCCUGACCCGCGUCUACCCCAAGGGACAGAGGGUGGACUCUUCCAACUACGACCCCUUCCGCCUCUGGCUGUGUGGCUCCCAGAUGGUGGCGCUCAACUUCCAGACGCCAGAUAAAUACAUGCAGAUGAAUCACGCCCUGUUCUCCCUCAACGGGGGCACGGGCUACGUCCUGCAGCCGGAGAGCAUGAGGACGGACAGGUACGACCCAGUGCCACCCGAGCCCCAGAGGAAGAUCCUGAUGACUCUGACGGUCAAGGUCCUCGGUGCCCGGCACCUCCCCAAGCUCGGCCGGAGCAUCGCCUGCCCCUUUGUGGAGGUGGAGAUCUGUGGAGCCGAGUACGACAACAACAAGUUUAAGACGACUGUUGUGAAUGAUAAUGGCUUAAAUCCUGUGUGGGCUCCAACGCAAGAGAAAGUGACGUUUGAAAUCUACGACCCCAACCUCGCCUUCCUGCGCUUUGUGGUUUAUGAGGAAGACAUAUUCAGUGACCCCAACUUCCUCGCCCACGCCACUUACCCCAUCAAAGGGAUCCGUUCAGGAUUUAGGUCGGUUCCUCUCAAGAACGGGUACAGUGAAGACAUGGAACUGGCAUCCCUCCUGGUUUUCUGUGAAAUGAGACCAGUCCUGGAGAGCGAGGAGGAGCUUUACUCAUCCUGUCGCCAGCUGCGGAGGCGGCAGGAGGAGCUCAACAACCAGCUCUUCCUAUACGACACUCACCAGAACUUGCGCAAUGCGAACCGGGAUGCCCUGGUGAAAGAGUUCAAUGUCAACGAGAACCAGCUGCAGCUGUACCAGGAGAGGUGCAACCGCAGGUUGAGAGAGAAGAGAGUCAGCAACAGCAGGUUCUAUUCAUAG